AUGUAUAUCCACAUCGCCGCUUUAGCAGUCAUAGACUUGGCGAACAGCACAGCCCUCAUUCCAAAAAUGAUCUCUGUGCUGCAGUUUGACUUGUCAGUGGUGCCGUAUGGAGCCUGUGUCCUACAGAUGUUUCUUAUACUGCAUGUUGAAGAGAUGGAAUCCCUCCUGCUCACAUUCAUGGCCAUUGAUCGAUACAUAGCAGUAGUUUACCCAUUGAGUUAUCCUUCAAUUAUCACUAACAAAACUGUCUGGAUUGGAAUUUUAGCGAUGAACACUUUUGGAUUAAUUUUCAAAUCCCCAUACUUUUUCUUUGUGGCAGAACUCUCCUUCUGCCACACCAACAUCCUUCCGUAUUGUUUCUGUGAUUACCCCACAAUGGUCCAUAUCUCAUGCAGUGAAGAUCCCAAAUAUCUGGGAUUUUUGUCUGCUGUCGUUUUCACCACAGGUGUGUUUCCAUUGGUACUCAUUCUCUUUUCGUAUGGCAGGAUUGCUAUUGCAGCACUGAAGAUUUCUGCUGUAGAUGGGAAGAAGAAAGUCUUCAGUACCUGUCUUACACACCUGCUGGUGGUGGGCCUGUUUUAUAUUCCUCUUUUGCUAUCUUAUAUCUUACCAGGUGCUGGAGUACAGCUGUCUACUGAAGCUUACAAUACAAUGGUAAUUAUUGGGAAUGUGCUACCUCCUAUGAUGAACCCUAUGAUCUAUAGUUUCCGGAACAAGGAGAUAAAGAAUAACAUCUAUAGACUUUUUACUGGGAAGAGAACACGUCCAUCUGACUGA